GCUGCAACUGCAUCUUCUUUUUUUUCUUUCUUACUCUUCAUCUUAGGCAUCGCCCAAGGCGGUCUUUAAAAGAGCAGAGGGAAUUGAUCCUGUAUAUUUGGAUGCUUUAGUGUAUUUUCUCUGAAUAUAUAUUUUUUAAUAUCAUUGUGCCUAUUAAGGGUUUUUCUUUUCCCUGCUGCCUCCCCCCCUCCUGCUCCAUAGUGCUUUGCUCCGUUUAGGCUUCAGAGGUCCUCGCUAUGCAUCGCCUGAGAAGGGAUGCAGAUUGAGACUGCUACAGUGAUUCAGGGGAAGGCUCUCUGCAAAUGGAUCCAGGGAUGCUGGAAAUGCACACGAUAAAAGGCUGGGAAUGGGUUGCACUACUAGUGUAAUCCUUUUCAAAGGCAUUUGCACAGUACUGGAGAGAAACUGUGCUUAUAUCUGCAAACAGCAAGGAGAAAAUAAUGCUCUCGAGUACACAGCACAGAGCCUGUCUAGAGAGGAUUCCGGCUUCACGCAUUCAUCACUGGCAAAGCCGAAGCUUAUUGAACCCAUCGACUAUGAGAAUGUCAUUGUACAGAAGAAAACUCAAAUAUUGAAUGAUGCACUACGGGAGAUGCUCCUUUUUCCAUACGAUGAUUUUCAGAUAGCAACAUUAAGGCGCCAGGGUCGAUAUGUAUGUUCAACAGUUCCUGACAAUGCAGAGAAGGAAGCUCAGAGUCUCUUUGUCACAGAGUGCAUAAAAACCUACAACUCCGAUUGGCAUGUUGUCACGUAUAAAUAUGAAGAGUACUCGGGAGAUUUUCGACAACUUUUAAGUAAAGGAACCAAAGCAGAGAAGCUUCCAGUACAUGUGUAUGAAGUGGAUGAAGAUGCAGACAAAGAUGAGGAUGCUGCAUCGCUUGGCUCUCAGAAAGGGGGAAUCACCAAACAGGGCUGGCUGUACAAAGGCAACAUGAACAGUGCAAUAAGUGUCACCAUGAGGUCUUUUAAAAGAAGAUUUUUCCACCUUAUACAACUUGGAGAUGGUUCCUAUAACUUAAAUUUCUACAAAGAUGAAAAAAUCUCCAAAGAGCCAAAGGGAUCGAUAUUCCUUGAUUCUUGCAUGGGCGUGGUACAGAACAACCGGGUGCGGCGCUUUGCCUUCGAGUUGAAGAUGCAAGACAAAAGCAGUUUUCUACUUGCUGCAGAUAGCGAUGCGGAAAUGGAGGAUUGGAUCAGUACACUCAAUAAAAUUCUGCAACUAAACUUUGAAGCUGCCAUUCAGGAAAAGAGAAACGGAGAGUCCCAUGAAGAUGAUGAGCAGAACAAAUUUGACAAUUCUUCAUCUAGCAUUGAUAGUUACCUCCCAGAAAAGAGUACAAGAGAUGCAGAAGCCAAAUUGAAAAAUGAAAGCAGAGUGAAACUUUUUGCCCUGGAUUCGGACACACAGAAACUUGAUAUUUCGAGAAUUGAACCGGAUGUAAAACCCUUUGAAGAGAAAUUUGGGAAAAGGAUAUUGGUGAAGUGUAAUGAUUUAUCUUUUAAUCUUCAAAGCUGUGUGGCUGAAAAUGAAGAGGGACCAACAACAAAUGUGGAACCCUUCUUUGUCACGCUGUCUCUGUUUGACAUUAAAAACAACAGGAAGAUUUCUGCAGACUUCCACGUGGAUUUGAAUCAUGCCUCUGUGAGGCAAAUGAUUCCCCUUCCUUCUCAGCAGCUUUCAAAUGGUGGUGGGGACUUCGGGCGCAGGGUUGUCGGUUCUGUACAAGAGUCUAUGCUACAUCAUCCCAAACAGGGUAUUUUCUCUUUAACAUGCCCCCAUCCUGAUAUUUUCCUUGUGGCUAGAAUAGAAAAGGUCUUGCAAGGAAGCAUUGCCCAUUGUGCAGAACCUUACAUGAAGAGCUCUGAUUCAGCAAAGGUAGCACAGAAAGUUUUGAAGAAUGCCAAACAAGCAUGCAGUAGGCUUGGGCAGUACAGGAUGCCCUUUGCUUGGGCAGCAAGACCAUUGUUUAAAGAUUCUUCAUGGACACUGGAUAAAAGUGGGAGGUUUUCUGCAAUUUACAGACAGGACAGCAACAAACUUUCAAAUGAAGAUAUGCUUAAAUUGCUUGCUGAUUUUAGAAAACCUGAGAAGAUGGCUAAGCUUCCAGUUAUUUUAGGAAAUCUAGACAUCCACAUUGAUGACGUUUCUCCUGAUUUUCCAAAUUAUGUGAACUCCUCCUACAUUCCCAUGAAACAAUUUGAGAGCAAUGCAGAGACCGUGGUAACAUUUGAAGUAGAAGAGUUUGUUCCUUGCAUUCCAAAACACACACAACCAUUCACCAUCUAUAAUAAUCACCUCUACGUUUAUCCAAAGCACUUGAAAUAUGAUGGCCAAAAGGCAUUUACGAAGGCAAGAAAUAUUGCCCUGUCAAUUGAAUUUAGAGACUCGGAUGAUGAGGAGGCACAGCCUUUACGGUGCAUAUAUGGAAGACCUGGCAAUCCAGUCUUUGUGAAAAAUGCCCUGGCCUCUGUUUUGCACCAUCAGCAGAAUCCGGAGUUCUAUGAUGAGAUUAAAAUAGAGCUUCCCACACAGCUUCACGAAAAACACCAUUUGUUGUUCACAUUUUACCAUGUCAGCUGUGAUACUUCAAGCAAGGGAGGUACAAAGAAGAGGGAUGUCAUAGAAAGCCAAGUUGGCUAUGCCUGGCUGCCCUUACUGAAGGAUGGUCGAGUGGUCACCAAUGAGCAGAACAUUCCAGUGUCUGCAAACCUUCCUGCAGGCUACCUAGGAUACCAGGAACUUGGGAUGGGCAAGCAUUCUGGGCCAGAAAUAAAGUGGGUGGAUGGAGGCAAGCCACUGUUAAAGAUCACUACGCAUCUGGUGUCCACUGUUUAUGCACAGGAUCAACACUUGCACAACUUCUUUCAGUAUUGCCAGAAAACGGAAUCUGGCGCACAGGCCUUAGGCAGUGACCUUGUCAAGUAUUUAAAGAGUCUCCAUGCGAUGGAAGGACAUGUGAUGAUUGCCUUUCUGCCCACCAUACUCAACCAAAUGUUCAGAGUCCUCACAAGGGCUACGCAGGAGGAAGUGGCUGUCAAUGUGACACGGGUCAUUAUCCAUGUUGUUUCUCAGUGCCAUGAAGAGGGUCUGGAGAGCUUCCUGAGGUCAUAUGUUAAGUAUGUCUACAAGGCAGAGCCAUACAUCACAUCAGAAUACAAGACUGUACAUGAAGAGCUGGGCAAAUCCAUGACUGCUAUCCUCAAACCUUCUGCUGACUUUCUAACUAGUAACAAGCUUCUCAAGUAUUCUUGGUUUUUCUUUGAAGUCUUAAUUAAGUCAAUGGCCCAGCAUCUCGUUGAGAAUUCAAAAGUAAAGCUACUUAGAAACCAAAGAUUCCCUGCUUCUUUCCACCACGCUGUGGAAACCUUGGUUAACAUGCUUAUGCCGCAUAUUACACAGAAAUACAAGGACAAUCCAGAGGCUUCCAGGAAUGCUAAUCAAAGCCUUGCCUUCUUCAUAAAGAGGUGCUUCACUUUCAUGGAUCGGGGUUUUGUUUUUAAGCAAAUUAACAACUACAUGAGUUUCUUUGCACCAGGAGAUCCAAAGACGCUGUUUGAGUUCAAGUUUGAGUUUCUAAGAGUUGUCUGCAAUCAUGAGCACUACAUCCCGUUGAACUUGCCAAUGCCUUUUGGAAAAGGCAGGAUCCAAAGAUAUCAAGCCUUUCUUUCACCAACAGUGGAUUCAUUAGAUUGUCCUGUAGACCUACAGCUUGACUACACUCUGACAGAUGAAUUCUGCAAGAACCAUUUCUUGGUGGGCCUCCUCCUCAGGGAGGUGGGGAAUGCACUGCAGGAGUUUAGAGACACAAGGCAGAUUGCCAUCAGUGUGCUGAAGGGUUUGAUGAUCAAGCAUUCAUUUGAUGACCGAUAUUCUUCUAGGAGUCAGCAAGCGAGAAUAGCCACACUCUACCUGCCGCUAUUUGGACUUUUGAUUGAAAAUGUACAGCGAGUUAAUGUGAAGGAAACGUCUCCAUUCCCUGUGACUAAUAACAAUACAAAAGAUGAUGUUCUAGUCAAUGCUCCUGCUGGAAAUCCAUUGGUCACGCCUCAGAAGCUGGGCAAUACGCUGGACAACAGUCUCCAUAAAGAUCUUUUUGGUGUUAUUUCUGGCACAGCGUCCCCACAUACCUCAUCUACUCCCAACAUAAACAGUGUGCGAAAUGCAGACUCCAGGGGAUCUCUCAUCAGCACCGAUUCAGGGAGCAGUCUUCCAGAGAGGAACAGUGACAAAAGCAGUUCUUUAGACAAGAAUCAGCAUGGUGGCUCUUUAGGAAACCCUUUAGUACGCUGCGACAAACUGGAUCAAGCCGAAAUUAAAAGUUUACUCAUAUGCUUCCUUCAUAUUUUGAAAAGCAUGUCAGAUGAUGCGCUGUUUACUUAUUGGAACAAAGCUACAACAGUAGAGCUGAUGGAUUUUUUCACAAUCACAGAAGUGUGCCUGCAUCAGUUCCAGUAUAUGGGCAAACGAUACAUAGCCAGGAACCAGGAGGGGUUGGGACCCAUAGUUCAUGACCGAAAGUCUCAGACAUUACCUGUUUCCCGUAACAGAACAGGGAUGAUGCAUGCCAGAUUGCAACAGCUCAGCAGCCUGGAUAACUCUCUCACUUUUAACCACAGCUACGGUCAUUCAGAUGCUGAUAUCCUUCACCAGUCGUUACUUGAAGCCAACAUAGCCACUGAAGUAUGCCUUACCAUCCUGGACACAUUAUCAUUGUUCACCAUGGCUUUUAAGAACCAACUCAUUGCUGAUCACGGUCACAAUCCAUUAAUGAAGAAGGUGUUUGAUGUGUAUCUGUGCUUUCUUCAAAAAAACCAAUCUGAGACUGCACUAAAAAGUGUUUUCACUGCUCUAAGGUCUUUAAUUUAUAAGUUCCCCUCAACGUUUUAUGAAGGAAGAGCAGAUAUGUGCGCUGCCUUGUGUUAUGAAAUUCUUAAGUGCUGUAAUUCCAAGCUGAGCUCCAUCCGAACGGACUCCUCCCAGCUUCUGUACUUCUUAAUGAGGAAUAAUUUUGAUUACACUGGAAAGAAAUCUUUUGUCAGGACUCAUUUACAGGUUAUAAUAUCCGUAAGCCAGCUAAUUGCAGAUGUGGUUGGAAUAGGGGGCACAAGAUUCCAGCAGUCACUCUCAAUUAUCAAUAACUGUGCAAACAACGACCGGCUCAUUAAGCAUACUACUUUUUCAUCUGAUGUGAAAGAUCUGACUAAAAGAAUCCGCACUGUACUUAUGGCCACAGCUCAAAUGAAGGAGCAUGAGAAUGACCCUGAGAUGCUGGUCGACCUGCAGUACAGCCUGGCCAAAUCAUAUGCCAGCACCCCAGAGCUUCGAAAAACCUGGUUGGAUAGCAUGGCCAGAAUUCAUGUGAAACAUGGGGAUUUGUCAGAGGCAGCAAUGUGCUAUGUACACGUGGCUGCUCUGGUAGCAGAGUACCUCAUGAGGAAAGGGAUGUUCAGACAGGGCUGCUCAACCUUCAGAGUCAUCACUCCAAAUAUUGAUGAGGAGGCUUCUAUGAUGGAAGAUGUUGGAAUGCAGGAUGUUCAUUUUAACGAGGAUGUUCUGAUGGAGCUACUGGAGCAGUGUGCAGAUGGACUGUGGAAAGCAGAACGUUAUGAGCUGAUUGCGGACAUCUACAAACUCAUCAUUCCCAUCUAUGAAAAGCGCAGGGAUUUUGAGAGACUUGCACAUUUGUAUGAUACGCUGCAUCGAGCUUACAGCAAAGUUACAGAAGUGAUGCACACGGGCAAGAGGCUUCUGGGUACAUACUUUAGAGUGGCCUUCUUCGGACAAGGAUUCUUUGAGGAAGAAGAUGGGAAAGAAUACAUCUACAAGGAGCCCAAACUGACCCUGCUAUCAGAGAUCUCCCAACGACUCCUCAAGCUUUACUCUGACAAAUUUGGUGCUGAGAAUGUCAAAAUGAUACAAAAUUCUGGGAAGGUAAAUCCAAAAGACUUGGACUCCAAAUAUGCCUACAUCCAGGUCACCCACGUCACGCCUUACUUUGAAGACAAGGAACUGCAGGAAAGAAAAACAGAGUUUGAAAAGAGCCACAAUAUACGGCGUUUUGUCUUUGAGAUGCCAUUUACCCUCUCUGGGAAGAGGCAGGGAGAUGUAGAGGAGCAGUGGAAGCGGCGCACUAUACUUACCGCUAUACACUGCUUCCCGUAUGUGAAGAAGCGGAUUCCUGUGAUGUAUCAGCACCACACAGAUCUGAAUCCCAUAGAAGUUGCCAUUGAUGAAAUGAGUAGGAAGGUAUCUGAGCUACGGCAGCUUUGCUCCUCUACGGAAGUGGACAUGAUCAAAUUACAGCUAACGCUGCAGGGCAGUGUCAGUGUACAGGUCAAUGCAGGACCCUUAGCUUAUGCAAGAGUUUUCUUAGAUGAUACAAGCACUAAAAAAUAUGCAGACAACAAAAUAAAACAACUGAAAGAGUUUUACAGGCAAUUUGUUGAAGCAUGUGGCCAGGCCUUAUGUGUGAAUGAACGACUUAUAAAAGAAAAUCAGUUUGAGUAUCAAGAAGAACUGAAAGCCAACUACAGGGAGAUGGUGAAAGAGCUUUCUGAAAUAAUGCAUGAGCAGAUUUGGUGCGGAGAAGAGAAGAUCAGUGUUAUGCCGAAUUCACUCCACAUCUUUAAUGCCAUAAGUGGAACUCCUACAAGCACAACUGUACAGGGAAUGACUAACUCUUCAUCCAUUGCAUGAACGUCCGCCUUCAUUUCACAUCAAUGCCUCUCAUAUGGCUAACUCAGGAUGCUUUCCAGAGACCAUGAUCCACUAUCGAUGUACGACCUCUUCAAGUUCCCAUCACCGCUACUUUACAAGAAGGGGUUUAGCCAGCCAAAGUGAUUGUUGUGAUAGUAGGAGCUGUUACGUCACAUCUAUUUUCUUUUUAUUAUACUUCAACCAUUUGGCAAUACCAAGUAUUUUUCAAUAUCUUAAAAAGAAAAAAGUUUAUUAAAUAUUUUUAUGCUAGUAAAAUGAACUGCUUCAGAGCAAAGCAGUGUCACAAGGAAUAGCACAGUAGGUCUAGGGAAGUAGAUGUCAAGGAAUAUAUAAUGUAUAAUAUAAAAUAUUACACUAAAGUUUACAUAUUAGCUUUGUGACCAAGCACAGUUUGCAAGUCUUAACAUAAUCAGCGCGCUUUUUUGUUUUAUGCUCAAUUUUAAACCGUCUUUUAAAGACCAACUUUAUUUCCGUUUUGUUUGUUCAUUUUUAUUUUUUUUUGUUGUGUAACUGGAAUUACGGUUAUUCUCCACAUGUACGUGAACACUAAUUUUAUGAGUACCGAAUGUUUGCGAUGGAUCAGAUUUCCAUGUUUGUAUUAUGGAUUGUCUAUUUUAGUCUGUGAUCUUCCAAAAGCAAUUUAUACAAACCACACAUGAAAUUGGAAACCUUCACCUCUGCACAAAUUCACACCGUUUUCCGCAGGUCCGUCCAGAAGAGAAAUUAGUGUAUAUAUUGUUCUCAUUCUUUCUGUACAUAAACAUGUUACAUUUCUAUGCAUUUUUUUUUUUUUAAUGUUCAUCGCUGAAAACUUUUAUUGUGACAUAUGUGCUUCUUCAUUUUACCUGGUAUAUAUUUUUGUCUUUACAAUUUAUUCUUGUACAUAAAUGAGUGCAAUACAAAGACAUAUACCGUCUUUGCUAUUUUGGGUUUAUACACUGUUUAAAAACAACCUUUUUUGCCAAAGCAAAGAUUAUGUAUUGGUGGUCAUGAUUACUGUGGUAACUAGUGGUGUUAUUUAAUGCUUUGAUCAUAUUGUUCUUUCAAAUUAUUAAUUUAGUAAUUUUAUAUUUGGGAGGGGUGAAUAAAAGUUUUUAAUUUUAUUUAACUGGAAACACUGUCCUGCUGUAAUUAACAUUCUGUAAUACAUAUGUAUUAAAGUAAAUAGCUAUUUUUUUGUUUCUGUCA